GAAGCCUCGGAGUUUCCCGAGAAAGCUGCUGCAGCAGAGAACAGCCCGCUGCUAUUUAAGCGAUUAGCCGACUAUGACUUGAUGCCAGUCUCUCACACAGCUUCAGAUUGUACACAAGAGACAACAGCAACAACCUGCCAUCGCAUUUGUGACAUUUUACAUCGAUCACGGCUGAGCUAACAUCCCGGCCCAGUUGGCGAGGACCCCCCCACAGAAAUGUCCCAUUCUAAGCCGCUGCUCAUCCCCUGGUUGCGGUCCCAGGUCGACAGCGGGAGGUACCCCGGGGUGGCCUGGACGAACCCACAGCACACGGAGUUCUGCGUCCCGUGGAAACACGCCCUGAGACAGGACUCCUCCAGAGUCGACGUGCUCAUCUUUAAGGCCUGGGCAGAGGUCAGCGGCAAUGGCCGGGCUCAGGGAGACCCCUCAGUGUGGAAGAGGAACUUUCGCAGUGCCCUCCGAGCCAAGGGCUUCAAAUUAGUAUCUGACAACAAGAACGAUGCUGCUAAUCCCCACAAAGUGUUUUCCUGGCCAGAAGAAGCGCCGUCAGGAGCUUCCUCUUCUGCGGGAUCCCAGGACCAAGAGGAACCUAAUAUGUUUGAACAUCUUUCCUUUCCUAAAGCAGAAGAGGCUGUGGAGAGCCAGGUUGUCCCGUGUUUCGAGCACAAUAUCUAUCUGCCGGACGAAGCUGUAUUUGCAGAAUCCACCAUUGACCAGGAUAUUCUCGAGGAGUGUCUAAAAGGAAUGAAUAUUGAGCCUCCCACAGAGGGCAUCACUGUCUUUGAGUCUCCUCCCGAGCAACAACAACAACACAAUCAGGGUGUGAUUGGUGGACACGUGUUGCCAGAGCAACAGCAGUAUCCAGUAGCAUUUGAGGAUGCAGUCGGUGGAGUUGGGUUGCCUGAGCAACCAGCAUAUCCAAUGGAUGGAGCUGUGGGAGUGGCCUGCGAUCAGCAGAUGGUGGAGCAGUUCAAAGAUACCAUGUCCAAGACCAUGGUUGGAGAUCAUUUCAAGACUCAGUUCAGGGUGUUGGUGUAUUACAGAGGGGUGAAAGUGUCCGAGCAGCUGGUUGAGAAUGAAGCGGGACUACGCCUAGUCUAUAGGCCCGAGCUCACUCAGCCGGUCUUGGAUCAUGAAACAGGCCUGUUCCUGGUCUCUCUGCCAAGACCCGUAGCCAUGCUAGACCACACCCAGGCCAAUCUGACCCAGCGCAUCCUCGACAAGCUGGGGCAGGGUUUGGAGGUGGGGGUGUCGGGUCCUGUGGUGUACGGCCAGCGGCUGGGUGAAAUCAAGGCCUUCUGGAGCCUGUGCAAGUUUGACCACAGCCGACAGCCCCAGGAAGUUUCCAAACUGGAGCCUCAGCCUCUCUAUCUGUUCAAGGACUUUGUGCGAGGUAUGUUGGAUUUUAUUACUGGAAAAGAAUGUCCUCCCUGUUCCCUGUACUUCUGUCUGGGAGAGAAGUGGCCCGACCCAGACAACAGGCCUUUGGAGAAGAAACUCAUCACAGUGGAGGUGGUCCUAACAUCACUGGAGAUCCUCAAGAGCAUGGCUGUUGGAGGUGGCGCCUCCUCCCUGCACUCUGUGGAACUGCAGAUUUCCCUUGAAGAGAUGAUGGAAUUGUGUUGAAGCACUCCACUGAGCCUGAAUGAACUAAUUGCACAGGACAAGUGUUUAAUUAAUGCCCAUUUUUGUUUACAACGGCCCUUUCCCUACAAUUAUUCUGGCCACUGGUCAUUGUUUACAUGUUUUAUGAAUAUUUUAACUUUAACGAUUCAGCACCCUAGAAAAGAAUUAAGUAGAAAUAUGUACUACAUUGGUACAGCUACUCAGCAGAAAAGAAAUACCACAAGGCUGUGUGGCAGAAAUAAUAAUAUAUUAUCUCAAAAUACCUCAUAAAAAAAAAACUCUUUAAACUUAAGGGACCACUAAAAAAUAUUUAAUCAAACCACCCAUCAGGUGGAAUAUGAGCAGCUGAAUCCACUCUAAACAUUUCAGAUGCUGUGGCACAAGACAUAAACUUGACCACAAAAAUCCUGAGCCCAGUGCAGACAUGUUUAUUUCACCGUCUCAGUACUUAACAUUUUUAGUUUGUUUUAAGUUACAAUGCAGAGUUAGAGGAAAUGUAAAAACCUCAGCAUGUUGUAGUAAAACCAACAUAGGUGCAGACAGGAUCUCACAGCUUUAUUCAAAUCAGUUAUUACAUCACAGUCAGUUCCUUCCUAGGAUCACUUCACAAUUCCUAAUGUCAUUUUUAACUCCUAUCCUGUGCAAAAAAUAUUGCUGCUCUACAUCAUAAAUCUGAAUCCAAAGAGAAAGAAAAACAAACAGCAUUUUAAAUUUAACUUGUGUACUCAGUUACAAGACUACAUCGUGUUAUUGCAUCCAUACUUUUAAAAUAGAUAUUUAUGUAGGAUGAGCCUUACAACUGGAAUGUUUA